GGAUUCGUCACUGCAUGUAUUAAUCGCAUUAUUAAUGUUUUCCAAAGUGUACCCACUUCAUAAGACCUUCCCCAACCGUUGUGCGAAGCGUGGCUAAGUAACUUGAAAAGCCAAUUUCUUUUUAUUUCCGUCUGCUUGUUAGCAAUCACUUUAUAACUAGCAGUAGGUAUCGUAAGCUCACUGUUGCACGUGGGUGUAGAUGUCCAAACAGUGAUUUACUUGAUUCAGUCAUCUCUUCUAGUAAGAUAGCCUAAAACGCAGCGAUGUUUUCAAAGCCAGCGGCGAACAAAGUACUUCCAGUGGAGAUGCAGGUGGAACCUGCCGCCGAAACUGACAAGCCACGUGAUCAGUGUAAUGGACGGAACACUAAGAGGACAGACACAACAAACACGCAACCUGAUGAACAUGUGGACGAGGAGGACCACGCGUGGCUGUCGUGGGUUGAGGAACAGUUUUAUAUUGUUGCAGGCAAAGACAAGGAAAUAGAUUUUGAAGAAUUUAGAACAGCACUGGACGUCAAAGAUGUUUUCUUUGCUGAAAGGUUUUUUAAGAUGAUGGACAAAGACGCAAGUGGAAAACUCGAAGUAACGGAAUUAAUAGCUUCACUGCGCAGACUCACUUUGACCGGAAGUCCAGACGACAAACUUCAAUUUCUCUUUGAUGUGUAUGAUGUCGACGGUAGUGGCUCGAUUACCAUUGACGAAGUGAAGACGGUAUUGUCGUCGUGUAUGGUUGAAAGCUCGCUUAGGCUCUCUAAAGAACAUCUCGAUAGUUUAACUGCCGCCAUAUUUUAUGAGAUGGACCUGGAUCACAGUGGUGGAAUAUCGUACGGCGAACUGAGGACUGUGAUGCAGAAACACCCUGAGAUAAUGGGAAAUCUGUGUCUAAGUGCUUCACAGUGGCUGAAACGCCCGCAGAAGUCGCCGGCCAAAGCCUCGAUCUGUAAGAAGUACCUGAGCAAGUCGUUCCUCCUCAACAACCUGUCUAUGGUGGUGGUCGUUCUCGUAUACGUCAGCGUCAACAUCGCCCUGUUCGUCGUGGGCUCGUGGAUCUACCGGACACACAACUGGUACCUCGUCACGGCACGUGGGUGUGGGAUGUGUCUCAACUUCAACUGCUGCCUCGUGCUUCUGCUGAUGAUGCGGCUGACGCUGACGUUCCUCAGGACGACCUUCCUGGCGCACGUGCUGCCGCUAGACGAGAAUAUUCAGCUGCACAAGUGGGUGGGCGUGGCCAUCCUGCUGUUCGCGGCCGGGCACAGCCUCGCACAUAUAGGCAAUGCAGUUGUGGUCGCCGACAGUCCCAGGUUCAAUCUGACGGUUGCCGAGUUUCUCCUCACAACGAAGGCGCGGAUCGGGUGGGUGGCGGGGUCCGCCUCGAUCACUGGUUUUAUGAUGGUUCUCCUUCUAGGCGUCAUGAUGGCCGGCUCGCUGCCCGUUAUUCGAAGAAAGGGAUAUUUUCAGGUGUUUUACUGGCUGCACAAGCUGUACAUUGUAUUUUGGAUUUUACUGAUUCUGCACGCAAAAGAUUUCUACAAGUAUUUCAUCGGUCCGGCGUUUUUGUACUGCCUUGAGCUCCUAGCAUCGUCACAGAUCACCAAGGGCAUUCGAUUUGGAAACAUCUACAUUCAAGAAUUUGAACUGCUUCCUUCAAAGGUUACACAGCUAGUCCUGUCACGUCCAGACAACAUGAGCUACAAGCCGGGUGACUACAUCUUCAUCAAGAUCCCGGCUGUGGCGCGAUUCGAGUGGCACCCGUUCACCAUUAGCAGUGCACCCGAAGUGGAAGAUACUUUCUGUUUACACAUUCGAUCAACAGGAGGAUGGACGCAAAAAGUUUACGAAUAUUUCGACAAGCUUAAUACAGAAUCCUCAUCUAGUAACAAAGACAUUAAUAAGAAACAACCAAGCGAUAAAACAGAGAUUAUAAAUCCAGCCAUUUCCUGUAACAAGUUUGUACCAGUUAGGGCGUACAUCCACGGGCCAUACGGCACGUCGACACGGGAGAUAUUCGAGGCGGAGCACGCCGUGCUUAUUUCAACAGGUAUCGGCGUCACGCCCUACGCAGCCAUCCUACAGAGCAUCAUGUGUCGUCUGAAACAAGCCAAGGCGCUCUGUCCCAAAUGUCUACAUACCUGGUACGACAAACCGCCAAAAGAAUACAUCAAUCUCAGAAAGGUCGACUUCAUCUGGAUAAACCGAGACCAGAAAUCCUUUGAGUGGUUCAUGAGUUUACUCAAUGCCCUUGAAGCGGAACAGGCUGCAGUGUGUGACCUCAUGAAGUUGGAAAUGCACAUGUACAUGACGUCAGCGCUGUCAAAAUCUGACGUUAAAGGAAUAUUCCUACAGAUGGCGCUUGACUACUUUCACAAUAAAGAGAAGCGUGACAUCAUUACUGGUCUCAAAACAAGGACACACCCAGGAAGACCGAGUUUUAAUAAGCUAUUUAAGAAGAUAUCCGAAGAAAACCUGGGUAAAGUGAAAGUAUUCUUCUGCGGCUCUCCGUUUGUGGCUACACAGCUGAAGGAGCUAUGUGAAAAAUACGACUUUGACUUCUGUAAAGAAAUAUUUUAACACUGACAAACCGAUCGAGCAUUUGAUCCAAUACACACUUCUAAAGCAAAGGAACAGCAAUAUUUGUUUAAAGACUCCUCAGCACGAUUGAAACUACGUCUAUCUGUUAGAGAGAGACAGAGAGAGAGAGAGAGAGAGAGAGAGAGAGAGAGAGAGAGAGAGAGAGAGAGAGAGAGAGAGGGGGGGGGAGGGUUAGUGAGUCUACUCUUUCCAAACAGUCGCAAUGUAUCAGUCGACCAAACGCACGCCAGGCAAGCGCUGUACCACUACACUGAGCUACAUCCGGCCUCAUGUCGGUGGUAAGGCUGGACGGUAAUGGGUCCAUGUUCUGGUAUCGAAUGAAUACCUGAUUGAGUACCCAGUCAAGUAGAGAGACGUACAAAAUACAAAACAUAUGCAAUAGUGUACUUCAACCUUAAUUGGAUAUAAAGACGAUACAUAUAUGAAAUAAACUGCCUACUCAA